GUGUGACCUUUCCUUUGCUCCGCCUUCAGUUCCGUGGCAACGUGGAGGCGAGAAAACCAAGUGUCGGCUUUCGGGCCUGAAUGGAUUGAGCGAUAAUGGCCGGAGCCAGAAAGAGGAAAAAACCUACUGCGAUGAUGGAAUUUGUCUCCUUACAUAACGUGGAAUCCACUUGCAAGAGAACAAAUAGCCUUGCUAAGAAAUUUAUGCCUUCACUUGCAAAAUCAUGGGACGACUGUGGGGAAGGUUUCCAAGAAUUGUUACUGAAGAAGGGUAAGAAAUCUAUGAGGCAAGAUUUAAAAGUAGUCCGGAGCUUAACACCUGCUCUUCAUUCUACUGAAGGUGCAACAAAUAUUAGCAGUCAGAACUUGGAGGAAACUGCAGAAAUUCAGUGGAGUUCCAGUGAGAGUGAUUUGUCAGAUGGAGAAGUAAUGCCAAGUAAUUCAAAAGUCAGAGAAGAAAGAAGAUCUGUUCAAAAAAGCCGAAGUUCAGAUAACAUCUACCAGAAAUACAUCCGUAUGCUCAGUUCAUUAUCAAGCAGUCAGUCCAGUGAAGAAGAGGAGCUAGCGAUUGACUGGGACAGUUUCAGUGAUGAUGAAGGUGUGACCUGUAACCAAAUGGAGUGUUUAACGGACAUCCAGUGUACUGAAUCAGAUGCGUCAGUGAGCAGUCAAGUAGCAGAAGAUAUUUUAGAAAUUUCAUCUGAUAGUGACUGCACAACUGAACAGGAUCAAGUCGAAAAGUCCACUCCACCUAUUUCUAUACAGCCAAAUGCAUCUGCUUGUGAAUCUGGAUGUAGUCAGCGCUCCGUCAGGUCAGCAAGUGAUUGGUUGAAAUGUGCACAAGCAUUUCUACGGACACCUGAGAAGGAAAAGAGAAAGCUAUUAAAAACCCCGGAAGAUUCGGCCAAAAAGAGAAGAAAAUUUCUAAGGGGAGGACUAGCAGAAAGGUUAAACAGACUACUGUGCAGAGAGAGGUCUGCCAUCAAUUUUUGGAGGCAUCAGUCUUUAACUGAUUACAGACUUCAAAGAGGUGGAAAAGAAGGCAUUUUAAUGGUAAAAAUCCUGGAGUUACAUGAAGAAUGCUCAAUGUUUGUAGCAUUCUGUCAGCCAUUGAUUGACAUCUCCACUCAGCAAGCUAUUGAAAAUGACGACGGUGGCAGCAAAACCCGGCUUAAUGUUUUAUUCACAAGAGAAACAGCAUCCCACCUCAGAAUUGGUGCAGGAGAUAUUGUUCAUAUCUGUCCACCUUGGCAGAAACUCGAUGUGCAAGGUGAAAAAACUUCUGUUAUUUUGUGCACUUACUUCAGUCAGAAGGUAUUUGCAAAACAUGUUGCUGGAAUCGGAGUUAAAAAUUGCUCUCCUGGAAAGUUACCUGUGUCCAAAAAAUCUUCAAUAUCUUUAGCUAUGAAAUUUAACCUCCCUGAUUCAAGACCGAAACAUUGUUUAACUGAUCAGGAUAUUGCACUAACUACAGGGAAUACACAAAGUGUAUUAUCAAUAAGCCAACAGGAGAAACCAAUACAGGUGUUGGAUCUUGAACAUCAUUUUUUGGCCAAUAGUGUAUGUGACUCAUUACUGGAAGUAAUUGAAAACCAGGGAGCAGCAGGAUGGGGAAAGAAAAAUCUGAAAGUUGUUAUUCAGAGAGUAUACUGCCUUCCUGUAAAAGAUAUUCUUCACAAUCAACUGAUCAGAAGCAACCAAACAGAUCAUUCCCUUUGUUCAAACAUGGGUCAACUAAAUGCAAGGCUCUGCCUUCUGGUGCAAGAUGUAUAUGGUUUAUUUAGUGAAGUUCACCAGAACACAUUCUGCUCAGCAGAAGACGACUUGCUGGCACAAAAUGCUUGCUGGGAGGGAAAGACAUGCUACCUCACAGGAAUGAAGGUUCUCCAGAGAACAACACGUGGAAGGUCUUCAGGGCUCUUCAGUCUUAUUGAAAGUCUGUGGCCUCCAUUGGUUCCUCCAAGGGUCUAUGGGCACAGUCAAGGCAGCCAAGAGGUAAAGCACAUGGAUUUGCCAGUUGAUGUAGUUCUGUCUGUUCCAAGUUUUUGCUAUGUUCUUGCCCCUCUGCCAGGGGAAGGAAGAGUGGAGGUUCUUCAGAAUGAAACUAUAUCUGAUCUUUACCGUCCGAGAACAAUGAACAAUUUGAAACAUAUUCUUCAGCAUACUCCUGAAACUCAACGAUGUAGUUUUAAAGCAGACAUCAUUUACAGAAGGCUCCAGGAUCAAAAAUUCAGUCAACUGACGGAUAACAAUAAUUGGCUUUUUGUGACUGAUUCAACACUACAGUUUGCAAGUCUUGAUAAUAGACUUCCUCGAACCCUCUCAGUUUGUAUAACCUCAUUCUGCAUACCAGGUAUUGAGGUUACUAAAACAUUAAAUGGUGAAAUAUCCAGCAGCAUAAUUUUCAAAGAUGCCAUUGUUGAAAAAGGUUCUAUUGUUUGUGCUGAAGGUACAGUACUUUCACUCCAGAAGUCAGUGUCUCAGUGUAAUGAAAAUCGGGAAAUGUCUACAUCGACACGAAAAGUUAUCCUUGAUGAACUCAGUGCUAUGACCAAAGUAAAUUCCAUAUGUACAGUUCAAGGAACUGUGAUUGGGGUGGAUGAGACCACUGCUUUCUCCUGGAUAGUUUGCAACAAAUGUGGAAAUGCAAAAUUGGAAAAGUUGCCUGGGGAACGUGAACUAUUUUACUGCCAUCAAUGUACUCAGUCUGUGAUGACACCUUUAACAAAGAUCCAGUUGGAAGUGUUUCUGCACUGUUCAGAGCUACCAAACAGUACCAUAAAAGUCAAGCUACGGGAACCAAGCAUAUCAUCUUUGCUGAUGCAGUCCUCCAGGGAUGAAGAGGGCUAUGAAGUAAGCAGUGUUCUUGGAAAGGAGGUGGGGCCUCUCAGCUGCUUUGUUCAUUUUGUAACGUACCAUCCAUCAAUUUGGAUUGGACUGGAAGAAAUCAGUCUGCUACAGUUGGUAACUCAGCCUCAGUGAAACUUGUUCUCAUGCAUCAGCAAUCAUUGUGAAAGUGCUGUUAAAGUUUUAUAUUUAUAAUGAAUACCUGAUAUAAAUGCAUUCCAUAAAUAUUUGAAUCUCAUGUACUGUAAUUAAUAACUUUGUAUAUGUAUUUAAGUUGUAUAUUUGGAUAUUUUUGGAGAUAUAAAGGUUAAUGAGACAACAAUGUGGAAAAUCAGAAGAAAGCCUAUUUUUAUUUAAUUCUUCUGUUGUGAAACAAAAGACUUAUUGAAGGAAAAUAAAUAAAUGUUUAUUUUACAUUGAUCUCCAGUUGAAAUAAGGUACCUUGUACAUCUUUCAUCUUCUUCCUAUCUAUCACAGGAGUUCGUAAGUAUUUAUAAAUGAAUCGAAUACUUGUGGUUGCAACACAGAAUUGUUUAGGCACGUCUUGUCAAUUUGAGGUUUGUUUAUUAUCCCAACUCUCAGUAUCCAAAUUUUCCAGCCAGCCAGCCAUUUCCCUCUAAUUCCGUGAGUCUCAAUUUUCUUCAAUUGAAAUUUAUCAGACGUCUCCUGAAAAUUAUCUGCCUUUUAGACAUCUCUUCAGAAAAAGUUCAAAUAGGUUUGAUGCACCAUCAAUAACUCUGAGACGUGGGUUAAGGUAGGCUUUUAUUGGCUGGAAGAAAGCACAAGCAGCAAGUGACCAUCACACAACAUCCUGGAGACUGAGGAAGGGUCUGUGGCUCCAAUCGCCUUUAUACCAGGGUCUGUGGGAGGAGCCACAGGAGCAGUCAGCAGGGGGGGCGUGUCCAGGCAGGUAUAUGUUCACCACAAGGUUCAGAUUUAAAAAUUCAUGUUCACAUUUUAAUGAUCAGCUGAAGUUUGUUCAAAUAUUGUAUCACUCUCAGUGAUAAACAUCAGAUGUUACCUAAAAAUAAAUAGGCUUACUGUUCUAAAAUUUCCUUCUUUCUCUCGCUUGACUUUUUCAUGGAAUGGAAUCUCUCUAAAGGAAUAGUUGAUGAAUUAAGUGAAUGUUGCAAUAUUGUAUUUAAAGUUUCUGCAAUUCUCUUGUCUAUUUUCAUUAAUACCUAUGAAUAAGAACCAUCUUCCCCUGGACACUUAUCAUCCUUUAGUGUCAUUGUUUUAAUUUGUUACUGUUAUUUCACUCACCUUACUUUUGUUGAGUCAUUCUGCCAAUUCAGUCUUACUUCCCUUGGAAGGUUGGUGUGUUUAUUUCCUUUCACUGUUCUAUAUAUUGACAAAAAGUACUUAUUCAACAUAGCUGAUAUUUUUGUUUAUUUUCAAUAGCAAGACUGUAAUUUUUCAACAGACCACAUUGCUCCCAAUCAUACUUUUACUACCAUAAAUUUUAAGAUAAAAACUUUGUCGCUAUCUGAAUUGCUGCCAUUCGUUGCCUUUUUUUUUGUUUUUCAUUUCUCCUGGACAUAAAAAUUAGUGCUAGCUAGUACCUUUUUUAUGCCUUUUUUCUUGUUGCUUUAUGUUGUUUCUUACCUCUUUAAUUGUUUAUAACUUUUUUAAAAAAUUAUUGCACUCUUCCUCCAGAGGAGCUUUAAGUUGGUUCUGUAUCAAAUAAAUUUGAACACCUUGCACCAAAUUCCUAUUAUUUUACCCAUCUGCAGAUUUUUGUAGUUCAUUUGAACACUCAGUAUUUCAUUAAAAUUGGCCUCAGCUGCUAAGAACCUAGAUUUUGAUGUUUCAUGUUUCUCUUUCAAUUACGGUAUUGAAGUUAAUUACAACAUUAAUGUUCUGGCAUAAACUAUUCAUGUACUAACUAAAUCAGGCUAGUUGCUUGUUUCUAAUUCUACUGUGGCCUGACUUUGGGACAUACAGUUCAAUCUUGAACAAACGUAGAAAAUUUGAUGUAUUUUUUUAUAUGAGCUAGAUGUUUUAUCUGAAUUCAUAUGAAUGUCAAAAUCACUGGUUAUAACUACUUUUUUUGUAAAACUGUAAAAUACCUGCGUUUACACAUCCUGCCUUUUCCAGAGUUUGGUUCAAGAAUAUAUUUCAUGAAGUGACUGGAGAUGACGGGACACAGCAGGAUUUGAAGCUACAGGAAUCCACAAGUUAUUUUAAUUCUGUGUAAUUUCCUAUAAUUUAAAAAUACCCUCAUUUCACUUUAGAAAUGUAAAUCAGAUAACAGUUGUGGGUUUUCAGUACAGGUUAUAGUUUGGCUUUCUUUGAUCUUCAUCUAAAUCCAAAUCAAAGGAAUGGGAUUCAAAGUUCCUUUCUCUUCUGACUGUCAGGGGAACUAAAUUAAAUGAGCUCAAGUGGUGUUUCUAAUGACCAUGAGCAGCAUCAUGAGGGCAUGGGUGUGGAAAUGGGAAAACAUACUGUAUAGCAAGAACGGUAUACAAUUAAAACUCUAUUCAGUGGAAUGCUGAAUAUGUAUGUCCCACUAAAGGGGAAGAACAAGCCAAAGUCUUGUGAGAGUCCAUGGCAAAAUAUGGUCAAGAUGGUGCCCAGCUACAAUGUUUAUUGACUUUGUGGUUCAGGCUUGUUUUUUUUAGGUUCAUAUGGAUCACUUUGGGGACAGGUUAAAGUUUAAGGACAAGGCUAAGGGGAGUUAGAAGUCAUGUACAGUGAAUGAAGAAUCGGGGCAGGGGUUGGUGUUGAGUCCAGUUCGGAGCCCUCCGCUGUCUAAGGUCAGUGAGCUGGGAGGAUUGGUUGGCAAUACUGAGAAGACUAGCAAACACCAGCUCAGUUAUUCCUGAGUCUCAAAGAUCCAUAUGGGUGAGAGUCCUGAGGGCUUGUGACUCCCCCUAGGUUACUGAAGUCAGAGGUCCAUAUGAGUCUGGAAGUCAAGGUCCUAAGGUUAGGCCCAUUAUUGGCUAAUCCUAGGGUUGGGUCCCAAAGGUUAAACCUAUGAUCAGCAAGUUCAGGGAUUGAUACUCAGAAAGACAAAGCUGAAAGAUGAUGUCAAGAGGUAUAGAGGCCUGAAGAUUGCAGACUGGAGUCUGCGAGUUCAGAGGUAGAAGCCUGAAGGAGUCAUGAGGGCCAGUGAUCCCCCAGGCCACCAGAGUUGGAGGUCUGUGUACUUGCGGAAGUCGAGGCCCAAUGUGUCGUGGAAUCAAUACCCAGAGGUUAGCAAAGUCCAAAGUUGAAGGCCUACUAUUUGUAAGUCUGAUAAUCUGAGGCCACGGACUGGAGGUGGCCUGUCUCAGGGUGUAAGUGAAUGGGUGAUAAAGGGGCUUGUUUUGCUAUUGUUGCUGCUUGUGUUGGUCUGAACAUUGUGGGCAUGCUCUGUUGCUGCCAGAAUGUCUCCUUAGGUGUGUUGGUUGUGAGUGCAAAACAAAAUCAAUGGGAUACCAGCAGAUACUUGGGAAAAACAGGGUAAAUCACAAAUAAUGGAAAGAGGCAUGUAAGAAAUAGUAAAUCGUUAUUUCAUUUCAGUAUUUACUUAGAAAACUGAACAGGUGAAUGUGGCAUUAGAUGACAUGGGUAAUGUAAUAUGUAUUAAAAUAAAAAUAGGAGUUUUACAUAAACUAAUAAAACUCAAAAGAUAAACACCUUGGCGUUCUUUAGAUUGCCUUCACACAUUUGAAAGGAAUCUUGUACAAAGAGAGCACAAUGAUACAUUUUCAUCAAUAUUUAAAAAAAGGUGUGAUCUAGAGGAUUCAAAGGUUCAAAGUACAUUUAUUAUGUAUAGAACCCUGAGAACCCUGAGAUUUGUCCUACCACAAGCAGCCAUGAAACAGAAACACCAUGGAACCCAUUUAAAGAAAACAUCAAACACCCAACAUGUAAAAAAAAGAAUAAGCUGAGCAAACAGCAAAAAGUGAACAAAUACCACACAGAAUAUUAAAUAUCGAACUGAAUAGACCCCAAAAUAGUCCAGGGUCCAGGGUCAGUUCAAUUUAGCAACGCAAACACGAGGAAAUCUGCAGAUGCUGGAAAUUCAAGCAACACACACAAAAUGCUGGUGGAUCGCAGCAGGCCAGGCAGCAUCUAUAGGAAGAAGCACAGUCGACGUUUCGGGCUGAGACACUUCGUCAGGACCCAUUGUUAGUCCUCCAGCCAAGUCAAUAGAAUCUGCCCCGUUUUUCAGCAGUAGUGAGAGGGAAACUAGUCAAACGCACGCAGAUGGCACAGAAAACCCGCUCAACUUCCGUUCUCAUUCUUAUUGAUGUCAAUGAUUCUCGACACUUUAAUUCCCCAAGAGAGUAAAAGUGCCAGAUCGCUCACUUGGCCCAGAAGAAAAGGUAGAAGUAGUUUUGUGAACUAUCUGCAGAAUGUCAUCAUUGGUCACUGGCACCAUCUUGGUAGAUAAUUAACAUAACACCUAUAUUAAGAAGAGUAAAUCAUACCUGUAUAUUGGGAAUUCUGUGAAUUACAUAUUUUACAUUCAUGGUAAGAAACUAUAGAAUCCUUGUAUACGUGAGAAUUGAAGCAACACAGUGAAUAAGCAUCAUUGCACGUGUAAAAUUUUGCUUGGCAGGGUUAACAGAGUAGCAGAUAAUGAUAAUGGAGGGCAUACAAUUUCUCUGGGUUUUCAAAAGGCCUUUGGUAAUGUACCCCAUAGUAGACCAGUGAAUAAUAUCAGAGAAUGUAUAAUCAAGAAACAAAAAGUAGAAUGAAUGGCUAGCUGACUGCAAGAUAAUCAGUGUGGGAAUAAAAAGGCCAUUAUUCACAAUAGUAGAAGUUGGUGUGUUUUUCAAGGAUCAGAACUGAUGUUCACUAUUUAAUAUAUGAUUUAGUCUUUGGAAUUAAAAACACCUUUCUUAAUUUGUAAGAUUAUCUUCACUGAGAAGACUUACAGAAAAUUACAGUAAGAUAUAUACUGAAUGGCCAGUAACAUUUUGGAAAGAAUGUUGCAGUCAUUUUAAUUGGAAGUUGGGAUCACAAUGUUCUCAGACCACAGGUUAGCAAACUCAGAAAAAGAAAAUGCAGAGAGGAAAAUAAAUGAAAAGUAGUUACGUUUUGCUAAGACUAUUAAAAUAUAUUCCAUCAUAUUUGCACAUAACUUAUUGCCAUAUAUUAAAAAGGAUAUAGGAGCAUAGGGAAAAUUUACAAGGGAUGAAACCAGAAAUGUAAGGUAUACAUAGUAGAGAGGGAGGACUAAUCCUCUUGAGAAAAGAAAGCUGAAGAGUGACCUAAAGAUGUAUUUAAAAUGACAGGAUUUGAUAAGAGUAGCUGGAGUGCAUUUCCAUUUGUGGGUAAGAACAUAAAUGAAGACCAUCAAUCUGAGACGGUCACCAAGCAACCCAACAGGGAAUUUAGUAGAAACUCUUUACACAAGGAGCUGAGAAUGUGGAAGCCAAUUCCACAAGCGUUGGUGGAAUGCAAUGUCGAAGCAGCAUUUGAGAAGGAAGGAUUUCAAUGAGAAAGGACGAGGAGAAUCCAGAGAAGCAUAAAUACUGGUGUGAAUUGAUUAGGCUGGGUGAUUAUGUGAACAUGAGAAAUGGUCAUUGGGUCCCUGGCUCCACCAUUCAGCUAAUCGUGGCUGAUUAUUAUAAGCUUACUGUAUAUUUAUUGUACCUUUCUGCACUACUCCCAUAUCCUGAUACCGAGCCACCUGAAAAAGGCCGGGAGAGGAGGGGGUCCUUGCCCUUCCCAGCGUCAUCUUUCAGCACCAAUGUGUCCUAUUUUUACUUAAAAAUAAAUGCAAACUUACUCUUUAAAUAUUUACAUGAUAGCCUGCAGUAUCAAAAUAAGGGAAUUUUUUUUUUCCCGAUUCUCCGUCUCUAACUGUCCUCCCUGGGCUGCAGGUGUUAUUGGACAUUUUUUAACGGCUUGAACGCACCUUACCGAUCUUUGAUUGUUGUUCUACAUUGAGUAAAAGCUUGUAAUUAAUUUUUAAGAACAACUCGGGUCAGAGGAUAGCAGACUCUCGCUGCAAGUCGAUUUGCACAAAAAAGGUGCAAUUCCACUGUUGACAGUUGGUGAGUUGCGCUUUUGAAUUUUGACUUGAAUUCCAGUUUUGAUUUUUAAAUUCCGUUUUGGUCUCUUUGGUGUGCUCUUUGUCACUGCCUAAAACAAAGAAAAUGCUACUUCAAGCCGCUGAUAUUUUAAGUGUCCUAUCAUAAACAAGAGAAAUUCUGCAGAUGUUGGAUGACCAAAUGACACACACAGAACGCUGGAGGAACUCAGCAGGCCAGAGCGCAUCUGUGGAAAAGAUUAAACAGUUGACGCUUCGGACUGAGGCCAUUCAGCAGGAUCCCUGAGUCAUAGUGCCAGUGAACUGCGGGCUGUGUGUAAUUGGACCCUUGCUAUAGCAAGCAAUGUUCUCCGAGUAUGUUAUGCGUGCAUAAUAAUUUUAUGCAAUGUCUUUUUAAAAUUGAUAAUCAUAGUAUAUCUGAAAUAUUUCUUUAUACUAUAGACUUGGUUAUGUUUAAACCCGUUUUAAAUUCUAGCCUGUAUAAAUGGCACCAAGAAUUUAAUGUGGAGAGGAAGACGUGCAGCUUUUGUGAAAAUGCAUUCCAAUACAUCACGUGUUCGAGUGAACUUGUGCUCAGCUUGGGACC